CUCAUCAAAAUCAGUGGGUGCUUCGAAGUCAAAUUGAACGGCCAAAAUUUUUUUUUAAAUCGGCACAAUGAAAGUAUCCGUAAAGGAUAAUGUUACCGGAGAGGACCUCCAAGCCUUGCUGCAGAGAAAUGCUGUUUUGGAGUCACAUAUUGCCGAAUGUGGAAGUGUCCAAACAGCAUGCUCGGAAAACCUUGACUCAAUGCGCACCAACUUGAACGCCCUGCAAGACCUGGUGGUCAAGUGUAGAGCAGUACUUUCGAUUCACGCAACUCAGACAUCCGCCCAAUCAACACCACCCGUAAGUCCGGCCGUGUCAUCACCGGCCAAGGAAACAUCCCACCCGCUGGACGGAGGUUUUGCUACAUCACCCCAGCACAGCCACGCUGCCCUGAAAAGUGAAAUUGAACUGCUGAAAGCGCAGCUGGAUAUCUACAAGAGUGACUUUGCCGCAGAACGAAUUGCGCGUUUGGCUUUGUUGGCGGAAAAGAAUCGUCUGGCAGGCGAAUUGCAACAACUUCAACAGCAGAACCGAACUUUGAUCGCCGAUGCACUGAACGGCCAAGCGGAACAGCUAACGUACAGUCGACGGUGCAGCCGAAUGUCACAGGAAAGCGGUGGAAUGGUCGUGUCAGCGGCUGCAACUACUAUUGAGUCCCAACAACAGUCAAUAACGGGCGUACCGGAAGACAGGUACCAAUCGGAACGGAAGGCUUCCUACUGCCAGCACUGUAAUGGAGUUUUCAGUGAUAUCCACUCGCUGGAGACGCACAUAGACGAGUGCCCGGCAUAUUGAUCGAAGGGUUAAUUUUGAGAUUGUAUUUAAAUUGAGAAUAGAAUAUGAAGCUUAAGGUACUGAUUA